AUGUCAUACAGAGAUCUGGUGAAGAGCUGGCAUGAAGCUGUCCAGGCUUUGGAUAGGAAGGACUGGGAUAUGGCCUUGGAACUAUUUUCCAGAAUUGAAGAACCUCCUUCCAAGAUCUGCUUCAAUAUGGGCUGUGUGCACCUGCUAACUGGAAAUUCAGAGGCAGCCCUGAAGGCAUUGGAUCAAACAGUGGCUAAGGACCCCUGUAUGGCUGUGGGAUUCUUCCUUCGAGGUGUGGUUCACUUUCAACUAGCAAAGUUCUCAGAAGCUCUUUCUGAUUAUGAUCUGGCCUUGGCCAACCUGAGAAAUAAUACCUUCAUUGACUAUAAGCAACUGGGUCUACGGUACAAGCUACAAGCUUGGGAGGUUUUGUACAACAUGGCAGCUGUGCAGUGCCAGCUGGGACUUUGGGAAGAAGCCACCAGAAGCUUAGAAAAUGCCAUCUACAAGAAACCAGAGGGAAGUUCAGCCAAUCUAGAGGCUGCGCUAGACCAGGUGAAGAAACGAAACUUUCUGGACCUUCUGCAAAUUCCCAAGGGUGAGGUCUUCUGCCCCAGGAAGAAGGAUGUAGAGCAGCUGAAUUCCAUGGAUUUCCUGGGGAAAUCCAAGGUCAUUUCAUCAGUCAAUCCAAAUGACAGGUACAUUGGUUUUGAGCCUCUCAGGCCACAGGGUCCAGCAGCCCAGGAAGAGGUGUCUAGCAGCCCAGACACAUCUGUCAACCUCAGUGUACACUGUACUUUCAAUGUGACCCUGGAGGUAAAAAGGGGAACAUCUGUGCCUGUCCUCAGAGCCCUGCUGAGAGAGAAGCUCCUGCAGCAAUCAGAAGGUGCACAGCUCAGGUAUAGCCACCAGGACAGUGGAAAAUUCAUUACAAUUUCUGGGGAAGAGGCUUGUAAAAAGAUGUGGCAAGAGGCAGCAGCAGGCAGAAGACUAAGUCUCCAAUGCCAGGGAACAGAAUGCUAUGGAGGUCGACCUGUGCUCUAUCAAAUGGUUGCUCAGUACAGCUAUUCUGCACAGGGACCCGAAGACUUAGAAUUCCAGAAAGGGGACACCCUGGACAUUCUCUCUGAAGUGAAUGAUGAGUGGCUGGAAGGCCAUUGCAGAGGCCACAUUGGCAUUUUCCCCAAGUGUUUUGCUCAGUUGGCCGGCAUAGCCAGAGAAGAGGCUCCCAUCGAAACACCCAUGACUUACAGCUUCUGAAUACUUCCCAAGAGAACCAGGACCAAUGAAUGCAUAGCUCCUUGCCAUCACGGGAGUGCCCAUCCC